AUGUACUUUCCCUCGUCCAACUUGGAUCCAACUCAGAACCAGCCGUCAACACCCGUGCAUAACUCGUCUGGGAUAGAUUUAACAGCCCAAAACCCUCAGUAUGCUUCCGUAUCUUAUCAAACACCCUCACCGCUUCCAAAUAACCCUUCUCAAAUGCCACCACACCCCCAGAAUACUCAAACAGCCCCACUACCUCAGAAUCAAAAUCAGAAUCCAACCGCCUUCAACCCCCAAACACCACAUCCCCACUUAACCCAAAACACCAAUCCUCAAAACUACCCACAAAACUACCAAAUUCCACAAAACGUCCCGAGCCCUUCUAUAGCUCCACCCCUCCAAAAAAGAACCACAUUCCAAGUCCCCGUUUCGGCCGAGCAUGAGGUGCACGAUUCCGAGUUGGAUCAUUACGAGGAGCAGGAGAGAGAGUGGAAGGCAAGGGAAGAAGAAAAGAUCGACAUAAAUGAGAAGAUUAAAAGGGCAAUGAAAGAGUUGCAAUGUGUUCCAGACGUCGCCGGUUUGAGCUAUGCAGAAUUGUGUAUCCACCCAGACUUGAACCUUCUUGAAGGGUUCAAAAUCCCGAAGCUUGAUACCUUCGGAGGGGUAGGCAACCCCAUGGCGCAUUUGAGAGCGUACUGUGACCAACUCGUGGGAGUCGGAAAAAAUGAGGCUUACUGA